CCUUGUUUUCUUUUGUUUCGUUGGAUGGUGUUUGUUUUGCAAACUAACGCCUACUACUUUUCUGAUACAAGUCCAGCCAUCAAUCAUUUUCUUGGAAUCGAUGAGAGUCCAAAGGGACUCUUUAUGAUUUCAGUCUUCAAAGGAGAACCCACUCAAGUUGAAAGAAUAGAAUUAUUAUUAGCCACCAGAGAUAUUGCACUUUGUGUUCGAACAUGUUCAGAACUCUGAUGUUAGAAACACAAUUCUAAUUCAGUUUCACUACGGCACGGGCUGAUGACCUGCGUGUAAAGCUAUCAUAACUACAUUGUGCAUGUAGAGCUCUCUGUUGCGAGGGUAUUGUAUUUUAGUUGGCAAGUCGAUGUGGUCGUCAGGUCGAGAGCUAGUGGCGUUGUGCACAGCUGCACGUCAACUGGAAGAAUAAUAAUCUGAGUGAAUUGGAAAGUGAUCCUUUUGACGAGAAUCAUGUCGGCAAGCUCGAGUCAGUUUAUUGACCCUGAGUUCAAGAGCAGUGUAUUCAAGAAGCGUCACCGUGUUGAGGAGUUGUUCGACUUUGAAGGCUGCAAAGUGGGGCGUGGAACCUAUGGCCAUGUGUACAAAGCGAAAAGCAAAAGCUCGAGCGAUACGCGAGAGUAUGCAUUAAAGCAAAUCGAAGGCCGUGGAUUGUCUCCUUCAGCAUGCAGAGAAAUUGCUCUGCUACGAGAGCUGGACCACCCCAACGUACUGCACAUGAGACGUGUCUUCCUGUCGCACGCCGAUUCGAAAGUGUGGCUUCUCAUCGACUACGCCGAGCAUGACCUAUGGCACAUCAUCAAGUAUCACAGAGCCACCAAGUCUCCCAAGCGACUAAACCCUCCCCCACCGCUAAUGGUCAAGUCGUUGCUGCACCAGAUCCUGGCUGGCAUGGACUACUUGCACUGCGGCUGGGUUCUACAUCGCGAUCUGAAACCUGCAAAUAUCCUGGUCAUGGGCGAAGGUGCGGAGCGAGGUAGAGUCAAGAUAGCUGACAUGGGCUUUGCACGCUUGUUCAAUGCUCCGCUAAAACCACUUGCUGAUCUGGACCCUGUGGUGGUUACGUUUUGGUACCGAGCACCGGAGCUGCUUCUCGGAGCUCGCCACUAUACCAAAGCCAUUGAUAUUUGGGCAAUUGGCUGUAUAUUUGCUGAGUUGUUGACGGCUGAGCCGAUCUUCCACUGCCGUCAGGAGGACAUCAAGACUAGCACACCUUAUCAUAAAGAUCAGCUGGAAAGGAUUUUCUCUGUCAUGGGGUUUCCCCAAGCUGUGCCUUGCUUGUAG